AUGAAUAAAAAUAAUGAAACAGACACUCAAGAUAUAAAAAGAUCUCUAAAGGAACUAGAUAAUAAUUUAUUUCAACCAACUUUAAAUAUUCCAACAUACACAGAAAUGGGCGCCAACGCCGAACAAAACAAUAUUUUAUAUUAUAUAGAAUUCGAUCAAGAAUUAGAUAAUUAUGAAAGAUUAUUUGGAAGUGGAAUGACCCUACAGAAAUAUUUAAAUUUAGAGCCAGAGGAGCAAAUUAAAUAUUUAUCAUCUAUUUUUAAAUUAAGUCUUGAAAAUGAAUUCAAGAAAAAAGAGAAUGAUAUAUUUAUUUCAAGCAAUACUCCCUAA